AUGGAUUCAGAUUUCUCUUAAUAAAUUGUUGAGAAAAUAGAUUUAAUAUUUGUAAAUGUUGCAAAAUCAGGAAACAAAGUUUUAUAAAAUAGAAUUGAAGAAAAAAAAAAUUAAAUUUAUGCUUCCAUUCCAUCAUCCUCCAGCUAAAUACUAUAAAAUAUUUAAAACCGAUUAUACAUAAAUUAAUAUUUAAAUAAUUUCAUUUAAUAUGUAAGUAAAGAAGAAAAUUUGCAUUAAUAAAGAUUUUUUAGUUUAAUCAGAAAUUCUAACAAAGCUAAAUAUUAAAUGAUGUUUGCUCAGAAAUUCAAUAAAUUACCAAAAUAUUUUAAAAGCUUAGAAAAUUAAGAUAUUUCUAUAAGUGGUUUGAUUGCAGAUUAAGAUAUAAUCAAUAGUAAAGUUCCUGUUAAUUUUACAGUCAAUUCUCAUCUUCUUCUUGAUCGAGAAGUAAAUUAUAUAGUAUGCAUGACAUUGAUCUUUAAUGAUAUUUAUGAUGAAGUUAUCUUUUGUCACUCUUUGAGUGCAUAGAAAUUACUUAAAAAGAUUCCAAAAUUAAACUAAUAUGAAUUUUUUAAAGUUUUAGAUAAAUAUUUAUCAAUUACUAUAAACAAAUAGGAAAAUAUAGUGAGCUUGUAAAGUAUGCAUCCUAUAGUACAUUUCUCACCAGUAAUAAAAUAUCAUGAAAAUAAUAACUAAUAACAAUUUUAUUUAAUAUAAGGCAUGGAAAUAAUAAUAUCUCCAACUUAUAAAAUAAAAGUUAUCUAAAUUUUCUACAAUUAAUUUGAGAUUUUAACUGAGAAUUAUAUAAGGAAAACUAAAAAGUAAUAGUAUGAUAGUAAAUUAUUAAUUUAAAAUGCAUCAAAUUAUAUUUUAUUAUAACCUUUAGAAGACAAAAUUAAUCAUGAAUUAUGUGCAAUUUAUGAUCUACAAUAAUCAAUUAAACUUGAUAAUUUUUUAAAAUUACCAAAUGGGAUAUCUGUCUAAUUAAAAUUUGAUGGCAUCGGAUUUUUAUUUGAAGUAUUGAAAGAGAAUAAAAAUUUUUAUACAAGUUUGUCUUUUACAGAGGAUGUUCAUUGUAGUGCAAAAUACAUAAAUUUUUUUAUUGUGAUUAACAAUGAAUUAAGAAUAUAAAUAGAUUCAGAAGGUGGAGAGUUAUUUUUCGAUAAAAUUGAAAGUAAAAGUAAUAUAUUUGAUAAAUGA